AUGAAGUACAUGAAGCAAAAACAGAACACGCUGAUCCUCGGACUCACCGCUUUGGUCCUGUUGGGUACUAUGGUUGGCGUCUGGCUGCAACGACCCCUCCCCCUGCCUGAGUUUGAACACCCGAUAGUCGAAGUGAAAAAGCAGGCGUUCUUCGAUUACCUCAGCCCAGCCAUUGAAGACAUCAGUGAUGAGAUCAGCGCGGAUCGACAGUGGGUACUCGCCUUACAGGCGAACCAGUCAAUUGAUGAUCUUUCUCUAUUGCAGCUGCAAAAACUGCACAACCUGGCCACCAGAUACGAAAUCAACCCAGCAGAAGCUGAGUCAAACACCGCGCUCAUCGAUCAACUGCUGCUGCGCAUCGACGUUGUACCUAAGUCACUGGCACUGGUACAAGCAGCCAAAGAAUCCGGGUGGGGAAGUUCCCGGUUUGCCCGUAAUGGCUACAAUUUGUUUGGACAGCAGUGUUUCGAAAGCGGGUGCGGCUUCACUCCCGCCGCACGAAAAGCCGGCAGAUCCCACGAAGUGGCGGAAUUUGACAGCGUUGAAUCGGCGGUUCGCGCCUACAUGCACAAUCUGAACACACACUAUCGAUACCGGGAUUUUCGUUUGCUGCGAGCGCAGCUACGACGUCAGAGGGAAAAUCUUUCGGGCAUACGGUUGGCCCAGGGGUUAGGCGCUUAUUCCGAGCGAGGCAUGGCAGAGGUUAGCGUUGCGAACAACGCCAGAACAGAGCAGGCAGAUCACGCCGUUGUGCUGCUGUACCACCAUGUUGCAGAUCACACGCCACCCAGCACCAGCAUCACUAUUAAGGACUUUGUUGCUCAACUGGACCACUUCAAAAGCAACAAGGUCAAAAUUCUGCCUUUAGAGCAAAUCGUUGCCACUCUGAGAGAAAAUGGCGCGGUGCCUGACAAUGCCAUUGCCAUAUCUUUCGACGAUGCGUACGCCACGGUUUUCAACAAUGCCUGGCCGGAGCUCAAACGCCGCAACCUGCCGUUCACCGUUUUCGUCAACACUGCGGCCAUCAAGGCAGAGCCCACUACCUAUAUGUCAUGGGCACAACUCAAAGAAUUGAAUGACGCCGGGGUUACCAUUGGCAACCAUAGUCACACCCACCAGCAUCUGGUCAGUAAGUUGGGUCAGCCAGACUGGGCAGCCGCCGUAGAACAGGACAUCACACAAGCGAGCACACUCCUGCGCAAACACCUGGGCACAACACCCCAACUGUUCGCCUAUCCCUACGGCGAAUUCAGUGCCGCAUUGCAGGAACUGGUCGGCAGGUUGGGUUUGAUUGGUUUCGGUCAACACUCAGGCGCCAUCGACACAACAUCCGACUACACAGCCUUGCCACGGUUUCCUAUCGGUGGCAGCUACUCAUCUCUCUCACGCAUUGAUACGGCGAUAAAGUCACGACCCCUUGAGGUGAACGCUGACCCAGCCAACGGCGUCAUCCUUUCUAACAAUGCCACAUCUUUCGAUGUUGAAAUCCACAUUGCUGAUGGCCCCGAGAAUCUGUCUUUGCUCGCCUGUUACCCUGCAGGUGGUACGCGCCUGAACUUAACGCCCCAGGGCAAUCGGCGCUUCCUGAUUCAACUCACCAACCUGAAUUCUCCAGGACGGCACAAGAUCAACUGCACCUUGCCUGACAGUGAUCAUCGGGGGGCAUUUUUCUGGUGGAGCUUUCUCAUGAUGAGGGGGAGCACUAUCAUUCUUAACGAAAUGUUACUCAAUCUGGCCCGUUGGCUGGACGCACAAGCGUGGAGCAUCGGCCUGCACGAGUCGUACUAUAUGUAUGCCUGGGUGGAGACUACCCAUGUCCUGACGCUGAUGAUCUUUCUCGGCAUGCUGUUUGUCAUCGAUCUGCGCAUGCUGGGCGUCGCCUUUCAGAACGUACCGGCUUCAACGGUAGCUGACCGUUUGGAUAAGCCGAUGAUGAUCGGCUUUACCAUCAUGGUGAUUACCGGCCUGGUUCUUUACUACGCCAUUCCCGUGCGCACCACUCAAAGCAUCUGGUUCCGAAUAAAGGUCGUCCUGCUGAUUUGCGCCGGCAUCAACGCUCUGCUGUUCCGCAACCGGAUGAAAGCCGCGGACGGCAGUUGGGACAACGACGUUAAACCGCCAAAGCGCAUGCGUAUCGGGGCGGCUUUAUCGCUCUCGUUCUGGGCAGGCGUUGUGGUUACAGGUCGCGCCAUCGCCUACGACUGGUAUGACUGCAACAAAGACAUGUCCGUGUUCAUGUACUGGGCGGCAGGUUGCGUUGACGAACUUGCGGCACUGGACUAG